AAAUAAAAAGAGAAUAAAGAAAUUAAGGAACAGUAAUAAUGUUAGGGUGUAGCAGUAGUUGCAUAUCUCUCGUAGUGGCGCCGUCUUCUUCUUCACAAUCUCUUCUUCUCAGUCGUCUCUCUCUCUUUCCCUCGCCUUCUUCUUCUUCUCUGCCUUCUGCUGAUUUACUGAAGGUUGCAUCUAGAAGACUCACUUUUGCGACAAAGACAAAGACCCAAUCCGUAUCCACAAUGGCAGUAGAUCAAGAAAAUGUGGGCAACGUCAAGAGACAAUUGGCAAAGCUAUUUGAGGUAUCUUUGAAGGCAACAAUACCUGAUGAGCCUGGUGUGGAGCCGUUAAUUGCUGCUUGCACUGGAAAAUUUGGUGACUACCAAUGUAAUAAUGCAAUGGGCAUAUGGUCUAAAAUAAAAGGAAAGCAGACAGAAUUUAAGGGUCCCCCAUCUGUUGGGCAGGCCAUCAUGAAGAAUCUUCCUCCAUCUGAGAUUAUAGAAUCAUGCUCUGUGGCUGGACCCGGAUUUGUCAACAUCGUCUUAUCAAAGAAUUGGAUGGCAAAUAGCUUACAAAGGAUGCUUAUUGAUGGUAUUGAUACAUGGGCACCGCAACUUCCAGUCAAGAGGGCAGUGGUUGAUUUUUCCUCUCCCAACAUAGCAAAAGAAAUGCAUGUUGGUCACUUGAGAUCUACCAUUAUUGGGGACACAUUAGCUCGUAUGCUUGAAUUUUCGCAUGUAGAGGUUCUCCGUCGGAAUCAUGUUGGUGAUUGGGGAACACAGUUUGGUAUGCUAAUCGAAUUCCUUUUUGAAAAAUUUCCAAACCCAGAAAAUGUCAAUGAAGCAGCCAUUGGAGAUCUUCAGACGUUCUACAAGGCUUCAAAAGAGAGAUUUGACAGUGAUGCUGAAUUUAAGCAGAGAGCACAACAGGCAGUGGUCCGUCUCCAGGGUGGAGAAGACAAAUACCGUAAGGCAUGGGCGCAAAUUUGUGAAAUUAGCCGGACUGAAUUCCACAGGGUCUAUCAACGUCUUGGAGUUCAUUUGGAGGAGAAGGGAGAGAGCUUUUAUAAUCCAUAUAUUCCUGGGGUUUUAGAGAAACUGAAUCAACAAGGACUUAUUGAAGAAAGCGAAGGAGCUCGUGUGAUAUUUCUCAAAGGUGUAAACAUACCACUUAUUGUUGUGAAGAGUGAUGGUGGCUACAACUAUGCUUCAACAGAUCUAACUGCUCUUUGGUAUAGACUAAAUGAAGAAAAAGCAGAGUGGAUUAUAUACGUUACCGAUGUUGGACAACAACAGCACUUUGAUAUGGUCUUUAAGGCUGUUAAGCGUGCAGGCUGGCUGCCAGCAGAUGAUGCUUCAUAUCCCAAAGCUACUCAUGUGGGCUUUGGUCUUGUUCUUGGGGAAGAUGGAAAACGUUUUCGAACACGCAACACUGAAGUUGUUCGAUUGGUUGAUUUACUUGAUGAAGCCAAGAAUCGCAGCAAAAGUGCCCUAAUUGAACGUGAAACAGCUAAAGAUUGGUCUGAGGACGAGGUUGAGAAGACAGCAGAGGCUGUUGGUUAUGGUGCUGUUAAGUAUGCUGACUUGAAGAACAACAGAUUGACAAAUUACACAUUCAACUUCGAUCAGAUGCUCAGUGAUAAGGGUAAUACUGCCGUCUAUUUACUGUAUGCUCAUGCCCGGAUCUGUUCCAUUAUCAGGAAAUCUGGUAAAGACAUAGAAGAGUUAAAGAGAACUGGGAGAAUAGCAUUGGAUCAUCAAGACGAGCGUGCAUUGGGGCUCCAUUUGCUACAAUUCUCUGAGGUUGUCGAGGAGGCCUGCACCAAUUUAUUGCCGAAUGUAUUGUGUGAAUACCUAUAUAAUUUAUCAGAGAUCUUCACAAAAAAAUUUUAUUCCAAUUGUCAGGUUGUUGGGUCGCCUGAGGAAACAAGUAGACUCUUGCUUUGUGAAGCAACAGCCACUGUGAUGAGGAAGUGCUUUUAUCUCCUUGGAAUUGUACCUGUCUACAAGAUAUGACCACAUCGCCAAGUGUUUUUUAAUGCAAAAUUUUGUGACUACCAUUUUUUGUACACAAGUUUUGUGCUCUCUAAACUGGUCUCAGUUGAAAACUCGUCUUUCCUUCUUCCCGGGAGCUUUAGUUUUCCUGUCAUGUCGACUUGGGUGGAAGAAGAAAACGGGGUAAAAUGAUGAGUGCUGUGUAAUAUUUUCACUGACGUUAAUUAAACAUGAUAGGCUUUUCAUACUUGAUUUUCUUCAUCAACUUGCAAUGGGAGCUUGUAACCCUUCACGGUGUUUAAAGAUUAUAAUAAUAGAAACUUGUCAGGGUUAUGAUAGGGA